AUGGAAGCGAUAUUUCGCCACACGAAGAAGAACCCUCGUUUCAAGGCCCGGUCGAAGUACGUCAAGCCUCACCUCGCCCCCGCGAACAUCCAAGAAAGGCUCAAGUUUGCACUGCCCUUUAUUCGACCAUUGCUAGGUGGACGCCAUCUUUUCACCGACAUGAAUGACUACUAUGUGCAUGUUGAUGCAAAGUGGUACUACCGGACAAAGGUUGAACGAAGGUACUAUGUGUACGACGACCAAACGCUCGGCAGCAAGAACCGGCCGAAGGGCGCCAUGGCCACUACCCCUCAAACUGUUGAUGCACCACUUGUUUAA